UCUCCAGCUACGUUCCGGGCGAGAGGCGGGGUUCACCCUGGACAGGUAGCCAGUCUGUCGCAGUAACCCCUUAACAGUCACAUAAAAUAGUACAAGUCAUGAGGAUACGCGGGUAUCCUCAUGACAGUUAAGGGGUUUUAAUGUUGAAGAGCAUGUUCUACAGCUUCAGAUAAAGAAGGAAAAUAUACUUUUCUAUUGAUAAACCUCUUCCCACUCUAUUUAAUCUGUGUUGUAGUCGGCCCCAAACAACAAAAAGUCUGUUGAAAAGUCUGAUUUUCCCCCUCCCACAUCUUUUUUGCAUUAUGUUAGUUUAGUUAGCAUGCACAGCUCUAACACACAAUGCAACAAAAAGUAUAACUAGAAUCUCAAGUGCUUCUGUGGUAAACAGGUUACUCUUACAACAGCUGCACCUAUCAUUUCAUUCCUAAGUAAAUAAGGUCAGGUAUUCAAAGGAUUUGUUUUUUUGAAAAGGAAACAACCUGAAUACACUGUGUAGUAUUGUCUUCUCCUUUAAAGGUGUGGGCGGAGAGUAGAGUGCAGAGUUAAGUUUCACUGACACCUCCCUUUCUAGACUCACAAACUGCAGAUCAGCCGUGUUGCAGUCCUGAGAGGUGCUCUCGGUUGGGAUCUUAGUGCAUAUGUUGUUGUCUUUUUCCGACUCUUUGUGUAUGUGGCUGCCAUCAAUGACGAACCAAAAUAGGACACUCUGGGAAACUUGUAUGAUAAGUCUGUUUCUUUCCCAAACCUCACUGACCACUGAAAAGGAUAUAAGCCACUUGGACUUCUCUUUCCCUCGUAUGUCUGUGAAUUUUCAUGAAUCAAAUACGAAUUUUCAUCAAGUGCGGAGAUGGCAAAGUUGCACAGACUCUAUGUAGUACUACUAACAGCUCUAGCACUGUGGAAACGUUGUCUGGCAGAAUGGAACGCCACCGAUGGGUCCUCCAACCAAACCACAUCUGUCUGUCAAGACAACUGCACAGAGAAAGACACAGAACAAUCGAAUGGCCACUUCUCAGAAUGUCCUGAGGAGCUGCUUUAUUACUGUAUCCAUGGAGAGUGUCGUUACAUUAAGGAACAAAAGGCACCAUCCUGCAGGUGUCACAACAAUUACAACGGUGCCAGGUGUGAAUAUGUGACAUUGGACUGGCAAAUAGGUGGCAGAGGGCAAAUCAUAAUAGGCUGCUCCAUUGCAGUGCUUCUGCUGUUGAUGAUCCUCGUUAUUUCCAUCUGCGUCUGUUCACAUCGCAGGUGCAGAAUGUGGGGACGGAGCAGAAGACAGAUGGAGGAGUUGGGAAACGGAACAGAGAAACGCGGCAUGCUGGACUCGAGAACACCAGAGUCAACAGAACUGACAAGUAUCAACUCAGUAUGAAAACUCUGUCAGGGAUGCCUUUAGGCAUCACAUGUUUACACACAGGGCCGCUCCUGGCUGUAGGUUCAUAGUAAAUGCAGGAGGCCUCUGGUGGUCCCUGGUCAGCAUCGAGGCCGAUGAGGAACACCGCUUCACAGGAAAAUAUGUCAACCUGUGACAGAAGCUCAGAAGAUUCCUCUUGUCCGUCUGUGUUUGGAACAUUAAACAAGCUUAUGGGAAAAACAAAAGGAAGAUGCCCUCCUGGAUUUAUGAUAAAUAUGAAUUGGGGAAGAGUGUUCAGCUGCCUGGAUGCUGGAAAGGAGGCUUUUGUUUUAAAAGUUGUGGAGCAACAGACACAGCCUUUUGCUGAGUGCUGCUGAUCACGCAGCACUAAAUAAAUUGUUGCUAUGUUGGAAAAAGCUGCGCGGCCAGCUGGCAGCCAAUGAUAGCACCCCUUCAGGUUGGCUUGGAACCAACAUCUGCAGGAGACACAUCUACACUGAGAGAUGAUAGGAAAGCAACUGUCCUUUUAGGGAAACUGAGCUACAGAGAUCAACCUUUAUACAGACUGUAACACAACUACAGCAGCAGGUUUGUUUACUGCUUGAGUAGCUUUUAUAUGCCACAUUACGAUCAGUUAUCACUUUCAACUUAUCACUACAGAGCCAUGUCUCCACGUAUUCUCCCAGACGAUAUUGUUACUCAUGUGCAUGACCAGUUCAAGAAGAGGCCCCUUAAGGUUGGAGCUACAUUAACCACACCGUUCAAAAAGGACAAGCAGAUCUUGUGCUGGAAGCCUUUUUUUUUUUAUCUGUAUAUUUGGAGUCGAGCAGCCUGGAGGCUACAGAACAGAACAGCUGAGUCUGUGUGCAAGGCCCGACAGUGCUGCUCUGUUUGGCAGCUGCCAAACUUUCACUGAGAUUUCAGAAUGUAACUGUGUAGACAUAAACUCGGAGUCAGGUAAAUCUGCCUCUGUCAUUUAUAUCACUUAUCAAUAAACAUGCUGUAGCUUACUUUACUUAUACUGAAAAAUCGUAUAUAUUUACUUCUUAACACAAAUGCUUUACCCACAGUUUGCCUAAAAAAAAUACUUUUGCAAAGCAUCAGAGACGAAGAGCAGUUCAGAAAUCAGUAUUUGAUGGAAUAACCAUGAUGUUUUCAAUGAGGUUCAGUGCAGUAAUCUAUUUUUUAUCCAGAGCUGUACAUCUUCACAUAUUACAAUGUCUCCAUGUCCUGCAGGUUGGUAUAAUAAUUGUGUUAAUAAUUAACAUAAUAUCUAAUUUGCUAGUGAUGAAAACAAAUCAGACACACUGAGAAGCCAUCAGUCUUUAUAGUUUUACGGUGUUACUGCACCAUGUGUUGCCAUGGUACAGUAACACCGGCUAGAUUCAACACUACACCAGUGAAUGUGAGUUUUUAUGGUCCUCAGUCAUACCUGCCUUCAUCCAGAAGCCGCUAAAAACUAAACUAUAACAGUACCACCUCUGUUGUGAAUAGAAAGAAGUCAGCUCACAUGUUCACCUUUGUUUUCAAGAGUUAAGCCACGUGUUUCAUCUCAGCUGCUGUGUUACUCUGACCAAUACGGUAAUAUUUCUUUAAAUGUCUAUUUUAGUCUCAUGAAACAUCUUUGGUUGAGUUUUGCUAUCUUUUCUGGGGUUUUUUUCCUCUCUAAACAUUUAGAGUGAAAUUUAAUCAACUCAUGCCUUAAAAAUCCACAGCAAUGUUCAUCAUUAACUUAGAAUGUUUUACUGCUGCAUCAGUGAAACUGCCUCUAAAACUGUGACAUCUGUGGUAUGCUGCAGUUUCUAUGAGGGGUGUGCCAGAGGAAAACAAAACUGAUAAGAGAGAUAACAGUGAAAUUGUUGUAGAUGUUUGAUCCAGAGCUGUGAUGGGCAGAGAGCCUACCCACAGGGUGUAUCCUGUCCUUCAUUCAUCAUGUGACGGCUGAGAUAGACCAGAGUCCCCUUGUGACCUUUCACCAAGCAGGUUCAUAUUGAACUAGAUAAAAAAACAAAACAAAAAAUUCUCAAACAAUCCAGGCAUGCUUAGCUUCAGUGUGCUUGCAAAUGUGACUUCAUGAUCACCUGAAAGCAGUUUUCACCCUGAAUGGCGACAACUCCACCUGUUCUCCUCUGGCAUGCACGCUGCUCUGCUCUGACAGCUGUGCAGAGCCUAACAAAUAGUUGAGAGACAUGUUAGCCCAGAGAGGGCUUCAUAUCACAGAUCCUCACUGGAAAUGAAUGUGGUGACUCAUAGAGGGAGAAUUAUAAACCGUUCCAGUUUGUUUGUAGUUUGCAUGGAGGCCACUGGAGGUCAGCAGUAUACCGCAGCCUUUCAAAGGUCUCAGCACUGACGGUAUUUCAACAGUUCACUUCUGAAGUAUGAAUUUUCAUGAGUAAACUAUAAGUAGAUUUUCUUUUCUUUUUUUUUUUUUACUUAGACACAUUGAACUUUAUUGCACAAAAAUAUUUCUUUCACCUUAUACUUUUAUGAACUUAACCCAAAAUUGUCUGAAGGAAUCUUGUUGGAGAAAAUAUUUUACUUUAUGCAAAGAUGUAUUCAGUCAUCUUUCGCUGUUUUAUAUUUGGCUUCCUAUGAUUCAUACAUGAAAUCAAACAUAUACACAUACAUGGCAUAAAACCAGUCCUUCAAAGGUUCCUAUAUUGUAAAGAAACCUUUGAAAGAAAUCAUUAAAGGAGGUGUUCCUCUUUUCCAUAUAAAAUUCUUGAAAUGCCUGACACUUCUUCAUUUACCCUCCACUUGCUCACUUUCCUUAGUUUCAAGGAACAAACAACAAUAAUAGGAUAUGAGAACAUGUCUUGGGAAAGAGCAACGGAGCCAAGGAAGUCUGGCUACUCUGAGGAAAAACAUGACGAAAUUGAAGAUAAUCCUGAACUUCAUAACUAUACAGUGAUUUGAGCAACACUUUACUGAACAGAAGAUCAAAAUACAUUAAAGAAGGAAAUAGUUUCUUUGGUAUAGUUGAACAGAAUGUGAAAUGUUAAAACCAGUGUUUUUCUGCUGGACCAAAUCCUUCCCAUUGUUGUACACAGUUAUUUUGAACAGGAUGUCUGGUAUUCAUUUCCAUUUUGUCGAUGGGGGUCCUCCUGUGACUAUGUGCUCCGAACUACUUUUUGAAUAACUAUUUAGUUUCCCAUAUGUGCUGGUCUCCUUUAUAGAAGCUGCAGCAAGCUUUUGAUGUAUGAGUCAUUACCUCUCUUAAUUUGUAUAUUUGCAUCCAUGGCAAUAGCGACAGUUUUGAUAUUAUUUUUACCAGACGUAGCGUAGGAAGCAUGACAACUUUUCUGCCACCUAAAUUCCUGCUUUGUAAAAGCGGACACCUCACCGAGCUUUGAAGAAGCCUGAUCUGUAUUCAGCGAAGAUGCAGCAUCUAUUAAUCUUCUUCCUUGAAUUGAUCCGCCCAUCCUCCAGAGAAAGCCUUUAAAAGUUGAAGGAUCAGGAAACAAUUACCCUAAGAGCAGGUAUCUCUGGCUGGAAGCGAUGGAGGUGAUACUAAAGCGAUGUCUCCGGUCACAGAGCAUUUUCUGGAUUUCCCCAUCCUGGUAGUCUUUGCAGAUUGCUCUCAGAAUAAAGGCAAAGGGCAAAUGUUUGACUAAAGAACAUUAGCCCAAUGACUGAGAGUUUCUUUUCUUCAACUUUGAUCCUUUACAAAUAGAAAAAGGCUUUUGGCUUUGCUGAUUUUUGCUAUUGUAAUGCAAAGGAUUUGAUGUCCAUGGCUUACCCUGUCUUCUCAAAUGGAACUAGGAAAAACGUUGUAAAACACUUUCUAUAAACAUUAUAUGAGGACUUUAAUAAAAAUAAGGUCCAAAACAAUGUCUGCUUUGAUUACAGUUCCUAUAUUGUAAGUAACUUUCCCCAUAAUACUGCUUUUUGCAUUUAUUACCAUUUCUAAUUGGGUUUUUGGAACCUUUGUGGAUAACUUGAAUCAUGUUAUGCCAACACACAGUAACUUACUUGUCUUGUUCAGUAGCAUGAGUUAAAAACAGACAGGGUUAUCAGAUCAAGCCACACCUACUACUUAGCUAACCCAGCAUGCCAUCAGUUUUUCAGGUAGACAUGAACAGCAGAAUAUUAGUUAAUAAGAAGCAGGAAAACAUUUCUGCCAGAAAUAUUUUUUAUCAUGCUUUUACAUUUGAAUGACUUGACGUUGUUGCAUGUGAUGUAAAGUAAAAUAUAAAAACUUGUAAUAAGUAAUUAUGUACUUCCUUUAAUGUUUUAUUUUGUCGUAUCUGUAUACCAUGUCUUUAUUCAAGAAAAUCAGUUUUUCAGCAGUAUUCAUUUGAUGCCAGUUUUGACCCCCUUUCCUUCAUUUAGCUCAUAUACAAAGAUAUCAUUGAGUCUUCUUGCUGAAACUAUAUUUCCAUAAGUUUUUUACAAUUCAUGUUGAGAGCCGGGUUGACGUGAAAUCAUUAUAGAAGUUUAAUGUUUUCCAGCCUUUUGAAGUUGAUGUGUUUGGGAUCAUUGUCCUGUUGUAACAUCUGAUUGAACACAACUAUUUGACUCAAAAUGUUACCCAUCCUCUUAUAGGAAAUGGGCUAGGAAACACACAUUUAUUAUCAUAAAUACAGAGGCUCAACUUUGUUGUAACUUGGAAACUUCUAUUCUCCGAAAUCAGAUCAAUAUCAAAAUUUGCAUCGUCUACAUAGAAAACCCAAACAGUUUCUUAGUAAAACUUCUAAGGUCUUUGAACAAAAAGAAGAAUCUAUUUGGAUACAAUGACAAAGAGGCAAAAUGAGGUAAAAAUUAAAAACAUAGCUCCAACUGUGGAGCACAGCAAAGGUAGCAUCAUGCUGAGGGUCAGUUUCACUUCAAGUACCAUUGAUUCAUUGUGGAAAGGAAGAGAAGGAAUGGAGUUGAAGAACUAAAUGAAUUUUAUUUUUGUUAUGGCAUCUCACAUUGGCAGCAAGAUGCUGAAUGAUAACAAGUACAGACUAAAACUGUUAGCAGCAUGGCCCCAUCCUUAACACCUAAAAUAUGAGUAUAAAAAUUGUAACUAUGCUCAAAAGUGAGGCCUAUAAUAGAAGAUGACAGAUCAGGACAUGUUACUGUGGAAUAUCAUCUCUGCUACCUGGAAAUUGAUCUGUUAGCAAGUCAGUACAGCCAUGAAACUGACUGUGUUACAAAUUGCUAUGCAAAUUGGAUUUACGUGUCAUAAAGAUUUUAUUUUUUGUUGUGCUAUUAAAUUUAUAGAUGGUAUUGUGUGUCAGGACUCUUUAAAUCACUAUAAUUAAUUUCAGAGUGUCAUGUUUUCAGCCCUGCAGCUCCUCCACUGGGCUGAUUGCUAAUUACCCUCACCUGGACGCUGCCGCUCCCUAUUUAACCAGCUGCUCAUCUGCAGCUCAGUGCGAGAUCGUCUGUUGCUCUGGUCACAGCUUUCAAGCACUGUUCCUUGUUCCACGUUCUAUGAAGUUUUCUGGUUUUUUGACUCUGCCUGUUCUUGACCACAGAUUUUGCCCAGUCCUCCUGAAGAAGUCUGAUCUCCUGUUGCCGAACCCAGCCUCCCUCUGAACCUGCCUCCAGCCUUCCGUUUAUUGGAUUUUCUGUAACUGAGACCCAUCCGUGCAUGACCUGGACUGAUCCUACUAAUGUGACUCUGGUUGGUUGUUUUUUGUCCCCGUUUGUUCCCUGAGCUCCCCAGGCAACUCCUUUGCCCAUUCUCCCCAACCUUUGGACUCCCCCUUUCCAAUCUACCUGUGAGCCCACACCCUCUAGAGCCCCUUUUUCACGUUUGUUCAUAUAAUAAAAGUUUUGGUGUAUUGGACACGUGUUUUGGCUCCGUUUUGGGUUCUGACUAACUCUCAAUUAUCGUUACACAGAGAGCUGGUUGAUCAGUUUGUCUGGUGAGCUCAAUUAAAGGAAAUCUACUUAAAAAGGAUGUUCCACAUUAUUAAGGAGGCCACAGGUUUCAAGCAAUAUGGG